AUGGAUCGUAACGAGAGCACGAACGAGGGUGGCAGCUCGCCCGACACAGUGAUCGCACGUUCCUCGUCGGAGGAGGAGAAGCAGAAGCCUCAGCCGAGCACUUCCGGCGAGUACGUCGCCGUGGGCGACAGCAGCUCCAGCUUGGACACCCUGACCAGCGGCGUCCCAGUCCUCUCCACCAGCGCGAACGCGGACGACCGGAAGCGGGGCAAAUUCGGUGCGUUCAAGAACAGCCUCCGGGAGGGUGGCAUAUUCAAGAUCAAGAAGAGGCCGACGCGCACGAGCGAGACCGGCGCGUCCGCCGAGCCGAACCCGGAACUGGAUGGCAAAGAGGUGUCUCGGCGGCAGCAGUCGCAACAGCUCGAGGGGAAGCUAAGGUCUACGGCAGCCGUGGUCCCGGCCGUGACCUUGAAGAAGAAGAAAAAGAAGAAGUCGCACUCGCUGGUGCGCAAACUGAGCUUGAGCAAAUUCCGCUUGUCCUCGGAGCAAGAGCCGCGUCAGACGCCCCCGGAGAGUGGCGAUAGCAGCCGGUCGCAGAGCCAAUCCUCGCAAGAAUCGCCCGUGCACUCGUACGGUACUCCGACCGGCCAGAAGAGGCAGGAGGACGACGCCCUGGAGAGGGAAAAGGCGAAGGGGGAGCUUAAGAAGUCGGAAAAGCUGCUCGAGAAACCGGUGAAGACCGUCACCGUAGUGCAACGUAGGUCGCCGUCGUUGACCAUCAAGAGCUUCUCGGGGACUGUCCAGCAGCAACAGGCACAGCAACAGCAGGACACUGAGCGAGUUCAACGACAAGAUCAGCGAGAUAACCCCGAUUCAUCCCGCGCACCCCCGGCACAAUGCAGCUCGACGUUACCGUACGCGUUGUCGAGAUGGCCGGAGCAUAGCGAGACGGGGCUCGCGGAGGACGCGACCGGGAAGAGCAAGCCGAGGACCAAAUCCGACUCGGACUUCUCGACGGUGUCGAAAUCCUCGCCUGUCGAGGCGCGCCGUAAACUGUCCUUUCUCGAGGAGAAACGAGCGAUAUUUCAACGACGGUUCUUCGACUCGACCAAAGACAACGCGGAUGACUCGGUGAUCAGCGUGCUCGUGGACAGCGGCGACCGGUCCAGUGUCACCGGCGAGCCGCUCGAAGGGAAGCGGGAGGAGGAGGGGAAAAGGAAAACGCGGCAGAUCAGCGUGAGAACCUUCGACACGUUCUCCACUUUCGAGGACACCUUCGACGGGGACACCGGUUUAGGUUACUUGCGCGGCAUCGAGGAGGAUUACACGGAGAGCUACGACCGAGAGGACGGCAGAUACUCGAGCUUUCACGCCGCCAUCGCACCAAUGAUAGGAGCUAUGGAGCAUCCGGAGAAGUCGUCGAAUAAUGCACCGAAUGCCGGAGUAGGCGAGAAACGGGAGCACUUGUACAAAAUACUAGUAAUCGGCGAGCUUGGGGCGGGGAAAACAUCCAUCAUCAAGCGAUACGUUCAUCAAUUCUUCUCCCAACAUUAUCGCGCAACGAUUGGCGUCGAUUUUGCGUUGAAAGUGCUAAACUGGGAUCCGCACACCAUCAUCAGACUGCAGUUAUGGGAUAUCGCAGGUCAAGAGAGAUUCGGAAACAUGACCCGGGUUUACUACAAGGAAGCCGUAGGUGCCUUCAUAGUCUUCGACGUGACGAGAAGCGCAACGUUGGACGCGGUAGUGAAAUGGAAACAGGACCUCGACUCGAAAGUGCAACUACCUGACGGAUCGCCGAUUCCGUGCGUCUUGCUGGCCAACAAGUGCGACCAGCAUAAGGAAGGUUUAGUCAACUCGCCCAACAAAAUGGACGAAUACUGCAAGGAAAAGAACUUCUCCGGCUGGUUCGAGACGUCAGCGAAGGAAAACAUUAAUAUCGAGGAAGCAGCUCGAUUCCUCGUCAACAAAAUACUUCAAAACGAUCAGCUUUUGAAAGGAAACGGCUCCCAAGACCAGACGGAUGGCGAGAGAUUCAUGUUGAAUCAAUCACCAACGAGCACCAAGAAGUCGUGCGCCUGCUGACGAAUAGGCAAAUCGUCGAACUCAGGUUCGAGUCUUCAUUUACAAUUUUCCAUUCGUCCUCGUCGUAUCUUCACUUCGACGGAUGCCAUGAUAAUCAUAACGUCUUACGCCUUAUCAUUCUUCACGAUGAGGAAGUGUCUGCUGUAACUUGUUCUCGAACGAGAAAGUAUCCAAUAAUAUUCUUUCAAAGAUCGUAUGGGCUUGUCAAUUCGUUUACAUUAUCGAAUUUUUUUUUAAAUCGAUUUAUAGAUGUACAGCCAUGAGAACUUAUAACUUACGGAUAAUAGCAUAAUAAAUUGGUAAAUAUCCGUAUAAAGUAAAGCUCAGUGGAAGUAAGUAAAUUCCGAGCCCUGCCUGUAAGAGCAAUGCUUGAAAUGCAUAGUAACAACUUUAUCUCAUGAAAAAGCGGAAAUUGACACACACAACACACGCACACGCACGCACGCACGCACACACACACACACGCACGCACGCACGCACGCACGCGCGCGCGCGCACACACACACACACACACACACACACACACACUUUAUUGAUCAGAUUUGAAUGUCAUAGACGUAAACUUUUUAAUCGAAAAUUUAGCCUUCUAUUUUUUUUUUAUUCCAACAAAAUACAUAAAUUUCACUUUUGUUUUCUAAUGAAGAUGAUAAGAUGUGCUAUUUUACAAUAUAAAUGAUACAGAUAUCCAUAUAUCUCGCCAUUGAUAACAAUUUAGAACUGCAAUAAUACAGAGAAAGAAUUGCAAUGUAUUUUAUUGUUGUUCCAAUUUCGAGCGACGACGCUUUAAAAUUUACACUUCGAUAAAAUGCUUGGACCAUAGCAGUAUCUAAACUAUAUAAUUAACUAUGGCGACUGACGCUGAAACAAGCGAGGAAUGGAUCGUUCCUUCCUUCGUUACCCUCUGUCGACUUUGUAUUUCGGUAUUAAUAUAAUAUGCUCUCUUAAGAUGUAAGUGAAUUUCAUGUUAUUAUCAAUUGAUCGGACUCUUCACCGUAUACUCCCGUAACAAUCGUGCUUCCGUAAUAAUUAAUAAUCUUGCUUUCAACCAUUUCUGUUUCGCUAAAUUUUCGUCCGUUCAUAUUAUCGUCCCGACAUUUUUACUUCUUUCGGAAGAAUAUUUGCAAACGUAUAUAUAUUGUAACGCGAUUCUGCCUCCGAUUAUCAUAUUAUUAUCAAUUCCCGCUUAUAUAAAUAUGUUUAAAACCUUUUACAUUGCACAUUUAAUACGAUGGGUGAUGCUACACUUACUGUUAAAGUCUCGACACUCGCAAACGACGCGAAAGACGCGAGCUUCCGUUUUCUCUAAUAUAUAUAUAAA